CAAUAUUUUUCUGAGUGUUUCCGUGAUGCGUAAAGGAGGGACACAACAGGGAGUAACUUCUGUGCACUGGCACAUUCUCGCUCUUAUGGCAACGCAAAUAAGUACUGUGCGCGCGUAGUAAACUAGUGACAGUGCGCGCGCCGUGCGCAAGUUUACUCGUGGUUUUCAGUCCAGCAGUACAGUUGGUCGACCAGCUCCGCUUCUUUCAUGACUGGCGAAGAGGAAGUGAAGGUGGGGAAGAGUUCAUUUGCCGUGCUAUGCCUGCCCGCAACGGGGGGAAGAGUACGGUCGGUGCUGAUGGAGGACAAGGAGAGGACGAAGCAGCAGAAGGCGGCGACUGCAAAGAACCAGCUGAAGGGUAACCCGCACUCGCACUCGCACGCUAUGGAGAUGACCGCCCGCAACCUGCACCCCAACUCCAAAGCAGACGGCAAAAAUUGCGACUGUUCGAGUAAUCGUAACGGGGGUGAUACAACCGAGAUCACUGUGCCGUUAUCUCCACUGGGUAAACGAUUUUUACCGAUUGAAGGAGACAACCUCUAUAGACUAAGAGACAGAAAGUUUUUACUGGAGGACAAGAAGCGACUCUGUGCAUGGGCACUGGGCAUCGCGCUGCUUGGGAUUCUACUAAUGAUUCUACAUACGGAACUCUGCCCCGUCAUAUAUCUACCGAGCUCAGUCUACGCCUUUACCAUCACUUGCAUGAUCAGCCUGUCCACGGGUUGCCUUCUCUUUCUCAUUGUGGCCUUCCAUUACAAGGAUAUCCGGCUCUUCACUAUCGACCACAACCAGGUGGACUGGCGCAUCGCUAUGACCAGCCAGCGGCUGCUGGGCAUCUCUUUGGAGCUGGUGGUCUGUGCCAUCCACCCUAUUGCAAUCUACUGGGGGCCGGAGAUGGGGACACCAGGGCUGGCCGUCGACAGUGCCCAAGGAGGGCAGGCAGGCACGCAGGGCAACUUUUCAUCCCGCCCCCUCUGCUCUUCCAUCCGAAACAGCGAUCUCCUGGACCUGGUGCCCCUCCUUUCGUGCCUGAUGUUCCUGCGCCUCUACCUGGUGCACAGGGCCAUCCACCUCCACAGCAAGGUGCUCCUCAACGUCUCCUACAGGAGCAUCGGCUCGCUGAACAACAUCAACUUCACCUUCCGCUUUGUGCUGAAGGUGCUGAUGAACAAGUACCCCGGCCGCACCCUCCUGGUCUUCAUCGUCUUCCUCUGGGUGAGCGCCUCGUGGCUGCUCACGCUCUGCGAGAGGCAGAUCCGGGCGGAGACGGGCGACAUGCUCACGGCGCUCUGGCUCAUCGCCAUUACAUUCCUCACCGUGGGCUACGGCGACGUGUCCCCCAAAACCUUGUGCGGGAAGAUGGUGUGCCUGUUCACCGGAGUCAUGGGCGUGGCCUGCACCGCCAUGUUAGUGGCGGUCGUGGCCAAGUGGCUCGCGCUGAACAAAGGGGAGAAGCACGUGCACUACUUCAUGAUGGACAUCCAGAUCUCCAAACGGCUCCGUCAUGCUGCGGCCAACGUGCUGAGGGAGUGCUGGCUCAUGCACCGCGUCAACUGCAGGAAGCAGAGCCGCGGCGAGCACCGGCAACAGCAGAGGAGCCUGCUGGAGGCCAUCCGCAAGUUUCGGCACCUGCGGCUGAACCAGAGGAAGCUUCGGGACUACGCCAGCGAAAUGGUGGACCUGCCCAAAAUGCAGAUGAUCAUGUGUGACUUGAGUGCCAAGUGGAACAGCUCGUACCACGAGCUGGAGCAGCGCAUCGUCUCCAUGGAGCAGAAGCUGGACGAGCUGGGCCGCUGCCUGAACCACACCUCCGAAAUCCUGGCUCAGGCCGUCCAUCAGCACCGCGGGUACGAAAGGUGACUGUUUGCCCACGAAAGCUGUCCAGAAACCGAUUGGAAAUCGAGAUCUUCGUACAAACUGUCAAUUCUUCUGCCUGAAAAUGGUUCUUCUUAUAGAACCAAAGACCACUUUGACUUCUUUAAUGAUAAAAGGCAGACAACUUCCCCAAUGCCUGCUUUUUAACACAAAACCGAGGCCUGAGUAGACAUGGACUGAUGCAUCAUAAAUGAGACAUAUCUGCAGAGAUGAGAGAAAUGUCCUUUCAGUGGAAAAGCCCUUUGAUAUGGACAAAGAAUGAUAUCUGGUUUAUUUACGCACAUGUCAAAAAUACGGCAAUAAUCAUCUCUGUCAAGGACUUUGCUCAUGCACACGUCUCAUGGAAGCUGUUGUUGUUUAAAGGUUAUCUGCAAGAUGGCAGGAUGUGUGCAAGGGAAGCAGUUCCCACAACAUGAGUGACAUUGACAGAUGGAAAAGAACCCUCAUUUGCAAGUUCAGCAUGCCUUUCACCUUUUUGAGGUGAAGGAUUGAGGCAAAUUGGAACAAGUUGUCUACCAUAUUGCCUCUUAGUAAUUGUCACGAAUGCGAAAGUCUGUGCGUACCAGUAAUGUAGUAUACUUUUCCAAAACUUUCCUUUCUUUGUGAUACAGUAGAACAUCAGAUUAACCUAAUGUAAAUAAUGUCAGACUCUCCUCUUGGAGCCAUAAACCCGUAACAAAUUAUUUUUGGCCCUGAAGCCAGCCACAUAUUCCAAUGUGUGACAUCCAGAUAUAUGCUCGACUGGUUUACAGACGUGACAUUUUGGAUGUGACUGACAUUCUUCUUUACACCUGUGACUGUAGGUACAAAAAGGGUCAGAGGAAAACAGGCAAUGGUUAUGAUGGGAAAAUGUGUGACUGCAACAAGGCAGCAGGGAAGGGCACACAGAUGCUGAGGACGGGAAUGUCAGCAGGUCACCAUCGUCAGACACGUAGGCACAAACCAGUGUGUAACACUGUGUGCGCGACUGUGAAAGGUUCAACUUCUAACGAAAAUGUUCAUGGCCACGCCAACCCUGUGAGAGAGAUCAGAGCGUGCUCAACAGGAAGACAACUUCUCGAAGGGUACAGCAGAAAACCCAGGACGCUGCCGUGACUGGCUGUACGCCACCACACAGUGAAACGGCCCCCAGGACCCUCCCAAACUGUUUUGACACAACCCAAAGAGCAGAGUGUUCUUAAGAUGAGGAGAGGUAAUAUUUCUUUAGCAGUGCGCAGGUGGGCAGGUUCAGGGGUGCAGGUGUGACAGUAGGUGCAGUAGUGUGUAUACAGGCCACGGGUAGAUCGCUGUACUUUGUACAAAAUGGCGCCCUCUCGUGUAUUGAAUGACAACGCAACACAUUUGUGACCUGUGGUAGGACAACGCACACCUCACGGACUGGAAAUGCAAGGCCCAACAAAAGGGGGAAAAAUUCCAGCCCUUUAAUUCAUUUUCAGCAAGUUCUUUCAUUCGAGAACUCAAAAACGUAAAUUUAAAAAAAAGAAAGAAAAAACAAUGUAAAUAAUUCGCACUCAAUAUCCGCACUGGGUUAUCCGAACUGGGUAUUACAAGAAAGCAGUAAAACUACUUAACGUCAUUUUUUAAAAGUAGGCUACGUAUUCAUUCUAAUUGAUUUAAUAAAAUCGCGAGCUCCGUGGAUGCGCGAAAAUAGGCGCGUGUCUGUGUCGAGAUGUGCAGCAGGUAUGCAGCAGACAGCCUUACCUGCUGAGACUGAUUUCCCAGAGAGAAAUAAACACUUCUUUACUUUCACUGCGACGUCUAGCGCCAGCAUCGCUAGCGGCAGACAGAGGCCACACGAGACACCCAAUGUGUUAAGUGAAAAAAAAAGAAACCCUUGGUGUGUCACUUCCUUUCAUUUGAUUUGCGCUCGCGCUUCAGAAGCACCUCAGUGUUGUUCUGCGCGUGCUUUUUCUGCCUAAUAAAUAAACUGAUCGUCAAGCUGUUCUUUGUUCAGCUCUCAAAUUUGCUGCGUUUUGAAUGUCGUAAAUAUUCAUAUAUAUAUAUAUAUAUAUAUACACACACUCCCAGGUGGAUGAGAAAUUACUGGGAAACAUUUAGGAAAAAAUCUAUUUUAAAAAGAGUGUGCUGUAAUAUCUAUGGCAUUCAUUUUUCUCCCGUUAAAACAAUGAUCCAUAACAGUUUUAUCAAUCAAUAUUGUCAUUGGCAAAUGUGCCUCAUUGGAAUAUAGUAUUUAUAUGACUUCACAUCACUGUUACUUUAUUACUCUGUACAUCACUAAAAUAAGUGUCUUCCCUGAGGGGCUGCUCCCAAACCACAGGCAUAUUGCACCAUUAUACUGUGAGGGACACACUUGUAUUGAACGCAACUUCUUGUUCAACGUGUGUAACAAUAUCUGUGCGAGUGCAAGGCUUCCUUUACCCAAAAUGUGUGUAACUAGCAUGUGACGUGCAACACAUAUUUAAUUCAUUGAAUAUUGUGCAUCCAAAGCAGAAUUAAAGGACAUGACUUAGCACGGGACCUUCUACGGGACUGUGACAUCACUCAGACCUACCCCAUUACACGCUAAUGGUGAAGCCACUGCCCUUGCUCCCACCUGCCAGUUUGCUGUUUCACCUGGACUGUAGCGAUAAAUUAAACGCCCUUUUGUUUUAGUUGUCAGAGGCAACUGAACUCAAGCACGUGACCCAGUGCUGCCGCUUUGAAGAUAAGCUGACCAAGUGGAAGAUGCGUCCACCAUGAACAGCUUUCAAUCCCAGGAUUCCCAAGAGAAAGUGGCAAGUGAACCAAAGGCUAGUGUGGACAAGGCCCUUCUCAAGAGUCUCUUGUUAAAUGGUUGUGAUACUCUGGGGCGGUGAGAAGCUAAUAAAGUCAUUAUUUACAGGUUCAAAUACCAUGUACUCAGCCAGAGUCCAAACCAUAGGUUAAAACUACUAAGACCACAGAAAUGCAGCAAGCACUUGCAGUUCUCUUGCUGUUCCGUGGUCCAGGGGUUUAAAUGCCUGUGAGGUAGACUGGAAUUCACACCAGAUGUCUUCUGACUGGGCUAUAGAAGAAAACAAGGAAAACAUGCGAGUUAACCUUAAUCUCUCUUACUUGCGUGUAGGUCAUCACAAAUGCUUAAAUGUGGAAUUAUCAUUCCCACAAGUACACUUCGCAACACAUUUCAGUUUGCCUGUGGAGCGACACCGCUCUCUUGUGGAAGCAUGCAACACUGAUCGGGCCACCUUUACAGAAAAGGACAAUUCCUCUUUCGGUGGGAGUUCCUUUUUGGCUGGACCGCAACAGCCCGGGGGCCAGCCCUACAAACGCGAAUGUCUGUGACUGAGUGACUGAGUGAGUGACUGAGUGAAGAAGUUACACCAUUGGUUGGACAGAUCACGUGUGUCAUGACACCCAAAUAAACAACAGCGCAAGUAGGCUACAGCAUUUUCUCCUCGGCUCAGGCAGAGUGACAAACAAGGCUAGGAUUACGCUACCGGAGAACAAGAAAAAAGAUAGAUUUAACUAUAACAUUGUUAGAUUUUACAGUUUAAAUAAACAUUCGCAAUGUAUUCUCAAUUGAUGUUCAUGGCCAACUAAUUCUUAUUAAUAUUAAUAAUAUAUUGUGAAAUAAUGUUCCAUCUAACGUUAGGUUAUGUAAACAGAUUUGCAACUAUAUAUGAAAUAGGCAAAAUAUCGCUAACAACCAGUACCUAGUUAUGUAGGAAAAAAUGUCCUUGUUAUCGUCCAGUGGUUAGUUUUUCAGUACUUUCGCGAUUUUUGUCAGUGCCAGCAAACAAAUCAGAGGUGGCCCAGCGCUAGCUUUUGGUUGCUAAGGGGACCUGUAUCGACCACCCCAUAUAAAUCAAUGGAACUUGACAUCAAUUUGCUAGCAUACUGUAUAAGUGUCCUGUCUUGCGUAUUUGAGGUUAAUAUGAGAAAGGGUGGUCGCUAUCGGCACGUCCAGGAAUCCGUACAUAUUCACUGUUGUAACCCAAGUCGCAGGACGCAAAAUAGCCUUUAGGAAAGCAGUUUGCAAUUAUGACGCUACGUCUGCGCCAUUGGGUUUAGAGGUUCGUGAUGAGAUAAUUCCGAGCGUGUUGCUUGUCUUAAAGUUGAUAUAGUAAAUAAGGCUGUAUUAAUAUAACUAAAUGUAUAUAUAUGAAGUUGGUUUUUCACAUUUAGACAGUGUAUUAUGUGUAUUUUUACAGGACUUACAUUUUAAUAGGUAAUGAUGUCCAGUUCUCUCUAAUAAAUUACGAAGUAAAUACACUAGCGGUUCAGGUGGUCGAUACACGUCCCGCCCCUCGGGUGGUCGAUAAUGCGCUCUCGCUCUAACGUUAUUUAGCUAGAGAGGGAAAGUUCUUAGCUAUGCCCCGAAGUUUUGAAGGGAAAGAAAUGCCUUCUACUUAUGUCUAAAAUAUGUAACGUUAGUGGUGGCUACUACAAUAUUUUAAUGUUCUUACUGGUUGUGUGAUCAACUCAACUAUUUGAUGUGAAAGAAUUAUCUAACGUUACUCAUUCUCAAAUUUAACCUUAUUAGACAAGUACACAUGCAGGAGUAGUGGAGGCGAGUGGAGCAGGACAACAGAGUGAAGCAGGAGAGAGGGCAGAAAGAGAUGAGUGGAGAGGAGAGUGGAGGAGGACAGGAGAGAGGAGAGAAAAUGAAGACUAAGCACAGGCUAUCAGGCUGAGACCCUAAAUGGGUAGACAAGACAAGGUUCCACCCAUGGAUCUCAGCCAGGCUGCAAACUUUGCCACUGAGUAUGCAGUGCCCUCUGUAAGUAGUGGGUCAAAGAGGCAUUAUGUAUGAAAAAAUAGAUAAUAAAUAUGUUCUAAUGUU